UUAAUCAAGAAAAAGUAUCAUUUUUCUUCAUAUUUCUUCAUAUUUUUCUCUCCUACCUUGUUUUCUCACAUGGUAUCAGAGCAGUUGAGCUCUUUUACCUCUUUUCACUUUUUGAUUUUUUGCUUCUGGUUUGUGCCGGCAGUAUUGUGAUAUAUUGCUGUUUUUGUCCAGUAUUGUUUCGGGUUUCUUGUUUUUGCUUCAAUUGUGUUCAAUGUUUCUGGCCAACAUUGUGCGUUCAGAAUUGCUUUCUGGUAGCUAGCUGUUACUGCCCAGAUCUGCAUCAGUCUCUUUUUGAUUCGGUCAGAUUUCUUUACAUAAUAUCUUUGUUUUUUCAUGGAGAAAUAUGAUAUUUCACCCCCAAUUUCAACUACUCUCAAUGGCUCAAAUUACAUACUCUAGGCUCAAAGUAUGCGCAGUUUUUUAAAGGAUCGAAAAUUAUGGCGGUAUAUUACUGGUGACAUUACACUUCCACAAAAGGUUGCUAAUGAGACAGAUAAGAAGUAUGUUGACCAUCUAGAGGAUUGGGACAACAAAAAUCAUCAGAUCAUCACUUGGUUUCGCAACACCUCAAUUCCUUCCAUUCACCUUCAGUUUGGACGGUAUGAAACAACUAAGGAAGUGUGGGAUUUGCUUGUAGCAAGAUCUGAUCUGUGGAAGACCCAAUCAAAGCCUGAUCAGUCUUCCAAGCCUGUGGUUGCUGCAGCUGUUGCCAAUGAGGAUACCUUAGUCCAUCCUUCAAUUGGUAAUCUAGAGACUCUUCUUAGACAAAUGAUAUCAUCUUCCUCUACAUCUACUACCUUGCCUACCAUCCCAAGGUCUCCUGAUGAGCUUUCAAAUGAUCAAACUACCACGGCUCCUUUUUCAAAAGAUGUCUCUUUUGCGGAUAUUGCACUUGGAACAAAUGAGAUUGAAAAUUCACCAGUUGCUUCCUCUUCCAGUCAUCCUACUCGGCUAAGAAAUCCACCUACAUAUCUUCAAGAUUACCAUUGUACUUGGGACUUGGUUGAUCUUCCUAUGGAUAAGGCUCUUGUUGGAUGCAAGUGGGUAUACAAGAUCAAAACUCAUUCUAAUGGAUCUGUGGAGCAUUAUAAGGCAUGCUUGGUGGCAAAGGGUUUUACACAAGAAUAUGGCAUUGACUAUGAAGAGACCUUUGCUCCUAUUGCUUGUCUUACCAUAGUACGUAGUCUACUAGCUAUUGUUGUUGUACGUAAAUGGAAGUUGUUUCAGAUGGAUGUGAAGAAUGCCUUUCUUAAUGGUGAUUUGGAAGAGAAGGUUUAUAUGAAACCGCCUCUUGGACUUACUCAUCCUCCGAAUAAGGGAAUGGUUCUUUUACUCAUAUAUGUUGAUGAUAUGAUUAUUACGGGAGAUGAUGUUUCAGGGAUUGAUGAGCUUAAGCAGUUUCUCAGCCACAGAAUUGAGAUGAAAGACCUUGGCUCUUUGAGUUAUUUUUUAGGACUUGAAGUUACAUCCCUAGAUGAUGGCUAUCUUCUCUCUCAAGUGAAAUAUGCAUUAGAUCUCAUAUCUAAAGCUGGUUUCAUUGAUAGCAAGAUUGUCUCCACACCUCUUGAACCAAACAUCAAACUCACAUCAUUAGAUGGCUCUCCACUUCCUGACCCUACUCGUUAUCGAUAUAAGAAACAAGCUAUUCCAUCUCACUUUAGUACUAAGGUUGAAUACAAAGCUUUGGGUGACACCACUUCAGAACUUCCUUCCUUACAAUGGCUCUUGGAUGAUAUGGGUGUUUUCCAACCAUCUUCUACUGAUCUUUACUGUGACAAUCAAAGUGCUAUGCAGAUUGCUCACAAUGAUGUUUUCCAUGAACGUACAAAACAUAUUGAGGUCAAUUGUCAUUUUAUUCAAUAUCAUGUUGCCAAAGGAACUGUCCAUCUAGUCUUCAUUGGCUUUGUUGAUCAACCUACGGAUCUCUUCACUAAGGCUCAUUUUCUUGGACACUUUCGCACUCUUCUUUCCAAACUCAAGCUGGUCUCCUCAUCACCACCUUGAGUUUGAAGGGGAUAUUACAGAAUAUUCUCUCUUGAUUAUGUUCACAUUGCUAUGAUUAUAUUCACAUUAUAAUUGAUUUACAUAAUUAGAUUAAUUGAUUUUGUACUGCAAAAUAUUCUCUUUUACAGACCUAUAAAUAGGCACUUUGUAU